AUGCGUUCGCUGCCAUAUGCUCUACCGUUACUUUCGUUGUUCUUCGCACAUGUCGCCUAUGGUAUCCCGGAGCUGUCGCUCGACUGCGCCAGCCACGAUGGCAGAAUGAAUGUCGAGUGCAGCCGACCCAUGAAGCCUGUCACGACUGUUACCCCUGGUGCAUACUACAUCGCGAAAAUAGCCUGCCCGGACUGUGCUGUGCAAGAGUUCUCUGGCGAGCGCGAGAACAGAACGUACAAUCUUACGGAGAAGGAGAACGAUCUAUUCUUCAACAUUUCCCUUACGCGCGACCACGGUACGCUACUGCUGAAUGGCAAGCCAAUAUUUCCGUCGCUGUCUACAAAUCCGCAUCCACCGUACAUAUCGACGCCGCAGAUACCACCGAACUUCACGCGCAGCGAGCUCGCGGAUACCCUGGCAUGUGCCCGCAAAUGCCGAGACGAGAGCCACGAUUGCGACUGCAUUGAAUCAGUCACAUCAAAUACCGAUCUGGAUUUCGAUUACUACUCAAAAUGGUUGGAGUCGCACCCCGAGACUCAGACUGAGAAAUGGGAAAUUACGUUCGACGCAAUUGGAGGCACCAAUGGGCCACCCAAAGAUACGGGACGUGUAUUUGGGAGCGAUGACCAGUCAGUGCUGCGCAUCAUAAUGCAAGGUAAAGAACUACAAGAAGAGAAUUCAGGUGGUCACAAUCAGGCAGCAAGUCCUUUAUCCGGCGGCUACCAGGAGGCGGAAACACAGUAUGAAUAUGAGAUCGCCAGCAUCGAAUUUUCACAAAGACGUGCUGAGGUACCGCGAAUUGAGAAGCUUGGGUUGUGGGAUAAGUUGCGCCGCUUCUUUGGAAACGACAUCGUACGCUCGGAUGGCCACAUCGUCUACCUUGCCGAAGAAUGGGGUGGCUACGGGAAGAAUGGCUCAUUGCGCCAAGGCUUCGGCGUCGUGGUCCAUGAAUGGCGCUGGGACAUUGUCUUCACCGUCUUAGGCUUCGUCGCUCUUGGCCUUGCCUGCUUAUGGUUCUCCUGGUGGCUAUUCUUUGCGGUUAAGAGCCAGAGAGAGCUCGCGCGAUGGGACGGUAUGGACCAAGUCUGGGCACGCAUGCGGCGGGAUGGAGGUGACGAGGAGGAUGCACAGUUGCUAGCCGGUGGAUAUACAGACGAGAACGCCUACAGGGACAGAGAGAGCAGAGACGAAGGGUAUCGAGAUGAGCCUGAGGACAGUCCGCCUUCGUACUCGGAUGAGAUUCAGACGAACAAGCCCCUGCCGAGCAAGCCGUUGCCUGAGAAGCCGCUGCCUGCUGUACCGCUCAUCGAUCCAUAG